GCAUUUUAUAAUGUUUUAACUUUCAGAGGUUAGUAUUAAAAGGAAUGAAGUAGACAAAUCCAAACCAAGAACAGAAUUCAAGAAAAUGUUCGGUAAAGCAAAGGUAAAGAGGUUUAAUGAAGAGGUAAACUGUGCUCCAGCACCUAAUGCGUAUGAUGCCAAGCUAACACAGAGCAAAGCUGGAGUUGCGCUCACUAAAUCUCAACGCUUUGAAGAGUCGAAGUAUGUUACUCCUGGUCCUGGUCAGUACCUGGUUCCCAGUGGACUCGGAAUACAGGGACCAUCUGCUCUACCCAAACCCCAGUUACUCGCUCGGUCAUCCUCAUUUAGGGUUAAGAAGGGUUCUGUAACGGACAUGACCGGAUCGUCAAUUAGUUCAACUCCCUCCGCUACGCCGAGAAAAUUGAGGAGAAGUGUUUCUAGUACAAAUCUCAGUGCUUCAAAGCCAACAAAAAAUCAGGAUAUACAAGCUCUGGAGAAAAGGAACCAGGAGCUGCAGAGACAAGUGGAGCAGCUUCAACAACAACAUCUAGAAGCAGCUGAACAGCUCAAGCAGCAACAGCUAGAAGCAGCUCAGAUUCAGGACUCCGUGGUUGUCAAGUGUUCACAUGAAGACACACAUCUUAAUAAUCUCAGGGAAAAGCUUGAAACAGUUGAAGCUGAACUAGAAACAUGUAGAACUGAACUAAGAUACCAAAAAGAGCUGUGGGAAGAAGCCCAGGAAGAAAGAGAUAAAAUGCUCAUCAAAUGCGAAAAAUUAUCAGAAAAAAGUGACAGAGCUGAGAGUUUGAGCAAAGAAGUUGAACUCUUGGUUCAAGAUAAUAGUUCUCUGGAGGAAGAAAUAUCAGCGCUGCAGGAGGAGAGAUUUCAGGUUGAAUCUGAGCUUGAGGAGAUGAGAUCUACUAGAUUGGAACUAGAGGAUAAAUGCAAGGAGGAGGACGCAAAGAAUAUUUUUCUACAUUUUACACAGGAACAGUUAAACUCACAGGUUACCAGCCUUGAAUCUGUUGUAACUAGUUUAAAGCAAGAAAACACAUUACUUGCCCGGGGCAUCAACAAAAUGGUUGCGGCUGUUCAGGAGGAAAAAGCUAAAAAUGCCGAGAUAACUGAUGCCUACAUGAAGGAGAAUGCUGAUAGUGAACAAGAAUUUAAUCGUCUUGAACAACAGCUUACUGGUCUCAAGGUUUUAUUAGAGGAGAAAGAAAGUCUUCUCCUCAAAGUUCUACGAGAUGUUGACAAUCUUCAAGUAAAAACUAAUCUUCUGGAAGGAGAACUAGCAGAACUCAACAAGGAGUUGGAAGUUUCAGACAACGACAAGACGGUUUUAAAGGACACCUUACAUGUAACAGAGAAAGAGAAGAACGGUUUAGCUCUAGAUCUUGCAGAAAUAUCAAAGAACAAGAUGGAGGUUGAGGAGAAACUAAAGAAAACUGUUCAAACAUUGGAAUCAUUUAAACUAGAACUAGAGGAAACAAGAGGAGAGGUGCAUGAGGUGGAGAUGACUAAACUUGGGUUGGAGGGAGCACUGGCCAGCCUUAGGGAGGAGAUAACACAGAUGGAGGUCAACCUAUGCCAGGAGACUGAUAAACUAGAGCAGACUAAUCAAAGAAUAUCAGUUCUACAGACCAGAUGCACUGAACAGGACUCAUUGUUGGAAGAAAACAGAGAUAUCAUUUCUAAGCUGGAGGAGGUGAACAGUUUGCUGCAGGAUAAAGAGAAAACAUUGAUAGAUGAGAUUUCUCUUCUUCAGCUCCAGGUUGAGAAUCUGAAGAAUAAAGAGGCUGAAGCUGACGAUAAGAUUAAAGAAAUUAAGAAUAAUAUUGAACAACUCAAUGAUAAACUUGACGCUGAGAAUAUUCUCUCGAAAGAAAAAGAUGAAAAGAUAAAAGAUCUUGAAACAACUAUUGCGGAGAUUAAAGUGAGACAUGAAGAAGGUUUAAAAGCAGCUGAAGACACCAGGGAACAGUUGGUUCAAGCACAGUCUGCUGUGGCUUUACUGGAAGCAAAGUUAAAGGGGUUAACCAAGGAUUUGGAGUCAACUAAUGGUGAGAAAAGUACUCUUGAAGAAUCUUUAUCUAAGGCAGAAAUACAAGUUUUGGAACUUGAAAACAAAAUUAUGGAGCUAAAGGUGAAUAGGGAGGAGAUAGGAGAUAGUUUACUGGAUACACAGGAGCUAGUAACCUGCCUAGAGAGUAAACUACAUGAACAGUUUGUACAGCACAAAUCCGAAGAGGAUAGGUUGUGUGGUGAGCUGAGGAGUGCUCAAGGUACCCUGGAACAACUGAAGAGAGAACGAGGCAACCUUAUAGAGAUUAAUACAAGCCUUUCAAACCAGGUGUCUGAGAGCCUGCAUGCUAUUGCGAACCUACAAGAUAGAGAGAAAACCCUGGGAAAACAAUGCCAGGAGUACCAGGUGCAGGUGGAGGUGUAUGAGGAGGAGGGGGAGAGGGAGAGAAUGAGGCUGCAGGAGGCCGAGGUGGAGGUGUUCAGUCUCCAGGCUGAACUUGAGUCUGCUCUGACAGAGAUCGGAGAAAUGGAGGCAGAGAAAAUAAUUCUUAGAGAAAGGUUCCAGUUUAUGGUCGAGGAACUUGAAAGAACAAGAACGAGUUCCCACCGGGCUCUGGAGGAGCUAAGGGAAACUAAAACUGUUGGACGUGAGCUGUAUUGUCGGGUUCAGGACCUGGAGAAGGAGCAGGAGAAGCAGGAUCAGGAGCUCAACAUUUGGAAACAGCGCUCUCAUGACCAGGAGCAGGAGGUUCACCUGCUACGGGAGAACGUGGGACAUCUUGAAGGACUCAGGGACAAUCUGGAGAUUAAUGUUUCAGAGAAAUCUGAUCUUCUUCAUGAACUCAGGGAUGAAAUGAACAGAAUUAGAGUGGAAAUGGAUUCAAACAAAUCUAAAUUGGAGGAAGCCAUUAAAAAUAAUCUCAGAUUGAAAGGAAACCUUGAGGUGCGUCAGGAAGAUUUGCGUAAACUGCGUGAGAUGAAUGAAGCCCGUGACGCAGAGGUUGCGCAGUUGAAGGUGCAGGAGGAGCAAAUGAGGUUGAGAGAGGAGGAGCUGGUCACUAUGGUGGCAGGACUAGAAGUGCAGGUUGAAGAGAAGCAGAUGCUGGUGAAGAACCUGACUCAGGACCGGGAGGAGAAGGAGAUCAUUAGAAUGAAGGAGAUGGAGAUGUUGAUGAAUUUAAGAUCUGAGGUAGAGGAUCAGAAGAGUGCCUUGCAGAUGAUGGAGGAGGCUGCAGCCAGGGGGGAGAGUGCGCAGAGGUCAAUGGAGGCUCAGCAGAGGCUGCUCUGUGAAGCUGAGGCUAAAUCAGCUGCUUCUGAGGAGGCAGUGGAGCAAUGGCGUGCGAAGCUCCUUGAAGCUGAGAAUAUGCUUCAGCAGCUGGAAGAAAGGUUGGAGCAGCUUGAACAGGAGAAUAAGCAGCUUCAAGAGAUCAUUGAACCGUUUAGAGAUCAGCUAGAGAGCUUCGAAAUAGAGAAAAAUGCGCUUCUUUCACAGAGCGAGCAGGCCCAAGAUGAGGUUAAGAAAUUGGCAACUCAGUACGGUAAACUGCUGGGACACCAGAACCAGAAGCAGAAAAUACAGCAUGUUGUGAAGAUAAAACAGGAGAAUGUUGAGUUGAAAACUGAAAUAUCCCAUCUGAAGGAAACUAUUGCAAAAAAUAAGAAAACGAUCAGUAGACUUGAAGACAAAUUGAACGAAGGAGUUCGAAGGUUCGAUCCACGGCUCUCCUUUCAGACUCCCUCCAGGGGGGGCAAGGAGAACUUGAUGACCCCCUCUAAGGAGGGUCUACCAAUGACCCCCAUGGGACCUCCCAAAGAUCUUUUUAAUAAAAGUAGAAACAGCUCUUCAAGAUCCUCGACAAGUUCACCUUUAAAGAGCAAGAAUUGAAGAACAUCUAUUAUCCCGUAAUUAUGUACAAAUUUAUGAUUAUGUACCCCGUGUACACUGUACAGCAAUGUUUACUUCUACUAGUUGUAUACUGAAGUGUAUAUACAUGAACCCAGUUGUCGAAACAUCAAUUAUUAUUAUGUUCUCUAAAAUUAGAAAGAACUUUACUAGUUUUAUA